GGAAGUUGGUUUUGCGCAUGUCACGUUAGCUCUUCUUCUAGAUAUUUCGUCCAAAACAUACUCACGAGGUUUAUCCUGUGAACCUUGACAACGCGAUUACACUGGUGUUUUUGAUCCAGAGACACACAGGUUCUUCAUUUUGGACGGUCUUUUCUGAGCUGCAGUCAUGGUGUGCAUUCCUUGUAUUGUGAUUCCUGUCCUGUUGUGGGUCUACAAGAGGUUCCUGGAGCCUAUCCUCUAUCCUUUCAUCUCACCCAUCAUGAAUACAUUCUGGACCAAAAAAGCGGUGCAGGAGACUGGCACUAGUGACCAAAAAGUUAGUGAAAACUGUAAUGGGACAUCCAAGCCUGAAAGCAAUGGUGAGGCCACUGCCAAUGGAUCUACGAUAGCAGCUGAUAAGAAGACAGACUAACACUUCUACAUUAUUAUAAUGCAUCUACAACAGUGUAAAUAUUUCUUGAUAUAAUAUAGAAAUUAUAAAUUAAGUUAUCAGUCUUCUUCAAAUGGUCUUCACAAAAUUCCAUAUUGUGUGUUUAACUUGUUUUUAAUUAUUUCAUUUAUAUUACAGUAACUUUAAGAAAUUAGUUAUUAUAUUUUCAUUGUUAAUCAUGACUUGAUACAAGACUUUAAUCUAUUGCAUAGUCAAAUUCAAUGGGAUAGUUUUUCUAAGUCAGACCUGCUGUUUAAUCAAUGAAUAAAAUAAAUUCUUCACAUGAA